GUGCUUGGUGACGUCAUCACGGCUAGUCUGAAGACGAAUGUCUGCUGCUUUUAACGUUACCUUGUUGACGUUUUUUAGUUUUAACAUUUAAUUGACUUCAGAUCAUCUGAUCUUUUCAUUAGUAGAUCGCUCCUCGAGCUAUAUCUCUGCAAAAAUGAAAUGGAUGUUUAAAGAGGACCAUUCUCUGGAGCACAGGUGUGUGGAGUCGGCCAAAAUCCGCAACAAGUACCCAGACAGAGUUCCUGUUAUUGUAGAGAAAGUAUCUGGUUCACAGAUUGUGGACAUUGACAAGCGAAAGUAUCUGGUCCCAUCUGACAUUACAGUGGCUCAGUUCAUGUGGAUCAUCAGAAAGCGGAUCCAGCUUCCUUCUGAAAAAGCCAUAUUCCUUUUUGUGGACAAAACUGUCCCUCAGUCCAGUCUGACUAUGGGGCAGCUCUAUGAAAAAGAAAAAGACGAGGACGGCUUUUUGUACGUGGCCUACAGUGGAGAAAACACGUUUGGAUAAUAGGAUCCCUGCAUCAUCCCAGGCUGUGCAACACAUCACUCCCGUUUCUUUUGGACUGCGCGAUUGUUCUGUGGUUGGGAACAGGAUCGACUCAUCUGUCAAUUAACCACAUAGCAGAUGUCUUUGUACCUCUAUUGUCACCCGUCAUAUUGU